AAGAAAGUCGCUGGGAGAGCUGGUGAAACCUAAGGCUGCGCGACGGUGUGUAUAUAAAGGUACACCUCUUGUCAAUUUCACCCUGUUCCUCUCCUCACUUCCUCCCGCACGCCUUCCCUUCCCACGGCAAGAUGCGGUUGCAGUUGGUUCUAUGUGCUGUUGCUUGCUGCUUGCUUCCGUCAUGCAAUGCUCAGCUCAUCCAAGGCCUGACGGCCGCUGGUAUUGGUGGCCCAGUCGCCGUGGGAUCUCUCUUUACUCUCAAUACGGCUAUGCUCAUCGCCCUCAUAUUAUCGUUCGGAGGAACAAAGAAGAAACUGCGACGCAAGAUCGGCAGACCCAUCCUCGUGCCAUACCACCGAAGCAGCUACACUUCCUACCGGAUGUCGAAGUCGAUCUCCGGGCCCACCACAGACUCCCUCGAGGAUGAGGAAGAGCUCCUCCUUUCCGCCAUCGAGGAGCUGGACACCUUAGGAUGCGUCCCGAAGAUGCUGUGUCAUCUCCAGACCAAGAGCCGAGACCAGUGGAACGCCGAGGAAACGGCGCUCGUCGACACCUUCAGCAGCACGACCAACGCUGCUUUCCUGUUCGCUCUCGACCUCGGGAGCAGAGUGCACAAUCCCAUUGCUUGUGAUCGCGCGUAUCCUAAAUGCACCUUGCAGGAUACUGAUCUCAGGGCCUCCUUGCAGACGGCGGGGCAAUGUACCUCUUUCCUUGAAACACUGCCUUAGUAGGCAAACCUAAUUAUUAAUGGCAUUAAGCAGUUUUUUCUGGUUCUAAAGCCUACUGUGAUAAACAGUAUGUAUGGUAAGAGUCCAACACAAGGAGGUCAUGAGUACAAUGUUUUCUCUGUUGUGUAGCGAUAUUUUAUGUUAACUUAUUUAUCAUUAUUUAUGUUGUUUUGUAUUGUAUCUAAAUAAUAAACGUGUAGACAAUA